AAUUCCUCGACUGCAACACCGGGCCAUGGCCGCCGUCUGUGCACAUCGUCAAUCGACUCGAGCUCCACUCGCCAGUCGGUGAACCUCUUCAACAUGAUUUCUCGCGACCACAGACGGGUUCAGCAUCAGUCAUAGGCCCACGAUAGUUGCGUGCGCUUCCUUCAGUUGCUGCACCUCGAGGUCGGGCCGCUUGGUCCUGGCCUGCGGGCAGCAAGCAAUAUGCAGCUCAGCCCAUUACAAUCGCGGCUUGUGGCCUCUCUAGCCGCCUCGGUCUUCCUCCUCAUUCUCUACCUCCUUCUGGUCUCGCCGCGAUUAGCCUUUGCCGCCGAGAUCCCCUUCGAUUCCCAUCAACCGAUCGUUGCGACACACGACAUCAAUGCCCUACAGGGCGCGAUUUACGAACCAGAGUUUGCGCUCCUUGACAGGAGCUUCAUCGGACGAGCGCCGCCGGGUGUGGAGGCUCUCCAGCUUGACCAACCUCGGGCUUUAAACCUCGAGCCCGGCAAGACGGCGUGCUACAUGGUAGAAAAGGCCGUGCUGCAGGGAAAUACCGCUUCUGGAAACGCUCCACGCGAUGAGAUCAAGAGGGAGGCCUUGCCGGACGAUGCUUCCGACAGCGACUCGUCCACGCCAUCUGGCAAGCCAACUGGGCUGCUAUACUUAUCUGCGAAUACUUGUCGGCAGCCCCGUGCGGCCAGGUCCAAAGACAACACGCUCGCCCCGCAACUCAUCAUAUCUGUCUCCAACUCGAGCUUGGCAGGCUGUCCAAAAGCCACAAAACCUUUAAGGGUCGAUAGAGACAAGGCGUUUGAGGAAGGCGCAGUUAUGUACAGCGUGAACGCGACCGGAGACAUCUACAUCGGCAUUACCGCGCCAAACGUAUCAGCAGACUUUCAAGGGGUGUACAAUUAUGAGAUUGCCGCGUCGCUAGAGGAUUACUUCCAUCAAUACCAGGAGGAUGGAGACUCGGAGCUUCUGUGGAUGGACAGCGAUUCAUCGUCAGCGCUGCUGAUGACGCAGGACCUGACGCGGAGCAGGGACGACAUUGCACGAAUCAUGAGCCAGGAGCCUCCGUACGAGCUUUUCGUCAGUAACAAAAACUGGACCGACAUGCACGGCAUGAUGCGUUCUGCUUGCGGUCUUCAGCGGAGCGCCCAAAUCAUGGCCAAUAGCGCGAGCAACAAGAACCUCAACAGUCCCGUGAAGACUGCAAUGACUCUCCGAGGUCGUGGCGGCUUUCCAAAGCAGCAAUUCUAUUUCGUGGCUCUCAACGAGAGCACAACUUAUACCGGUAUUUUGGUCAAGAAAGCCAACGUGACCGCGCAUGAAAAGAGACAAGCAGGGGGCGCGGCCAGGCCCGGAAGCAUCGUGUAUCAGGCCACCGAGUUUAACACUGUCUCUAGAACAAACUGCCAAGUCGUCACAGACCUCGAGUUUUGUGACGAGAUUCAGUACGCAGUCCCGGGCAACAGCAACAAGUUCAACAAUACGGCGUUAGCCAAGGCGUACGAUGAUUAUGCCAAGUCCAUGUACGCAAACUUUGAGAAGGUGAUGAUGCAAAUACCCUGCGAGGCGGGGCGGACGUCGCGAUAUUCGCUAGCCAAGACGUGCGACGACUGCAGGACGGCGUACAAGCGUUGGCUUUGCAGCGUGAGCAUACCGCGGUGCGAGGAUCUCGGCAGCAGCAACGCUUUUGCACUCGUUCGAAAUGCGGGACAGGCGUUUCCCAACGGCACCAAGAUGUCGGAUAGCGGCUUCGAGAAUAAGCCGUAUUCAAUGGUGUCCCGGAAUGUCUUCAUCGACCAGAAGAUAGAACCGGGACCGUACAAGGAGAUGCUUCCUUGCGAAGACAUUUGCUACAACGUGGUUCAGAACUGCCCGGCCAAGAUUGGCUUCAGAUGUCCGCAGCCGAAGCUGGUAGCGUUUAACUACAGCUACGGGCGGCGAGACUCAAACGGGUCGACGGUUGCGUGCAACUAUCCGGGCGAAGCGCGAACACCGAUGAGCACGGCAAUGAGGACUAUCCCGAAUCUGAUGCUGGUCGUCAUUGCCAUUCUUACCGUCGUGCUUGGCUGAAGGCCGCGCUCGUGCGCGAGAUUGAAGAUUUAUUCAGAAGCUGCAGCCGACCUACUCGCGCGGUGGAAGGUGCGCUCGGGCCGACUCCACAAGCUGAAGACCCCAUCGUCUUCUACCCGGGCAAUACUUACUGAGCUGGUAUACACGGGCUAUCUUGGGCGGAAUCGGUGACUAGCCAUACCCGAGUCAGGGCAACACUCAACCGCUGGGAGACAUUACGGCCACGAGAAGACUCAGUUGAAAACUAGACCAUCAACUUGAAGUGCUCGUGGUGCGGCGCACAACGUCGGCGCGCAGGGCCGGAGAGGCUCGCUUUGGCCGGGACCUUGACAGGGUCAUAGAACACGGAUGCCACGCGAUGCGGGGCCGGGAUUUUACUGCCGGGAAAGCCAGUGCUGGCAGCUCGAUGCUCUUGCUGAUCGAGGGCAGCGCAGAGACGAAACAUGAAUGGACGUUGAAGCGCGGCGGAGGGGAAGAAGUCUCUACGACGUCCCAAGGGUUGUAUAAUGUUGAUGAUAGAAAGGAGCAAGCGUAGUCUGUUUGAUCAAUUUAUUACAUAGAG